GGAGCACACAUUCACAUGCAUCUGUAUCUCUCAACACCUUUCAGCUCUGACAGCACAAGUUUUUACCAGCAAGCAACACCUGCAAAAGGAAAAACAAGGAAAUUUUAGUCUCUGCAAGAAAAAAAGAGAGAACAUAGUCAUGUCUUUUGAGACAAAAGACAAGACUGAAGUGCGUCUGGUGUUUCUAGGUGCAGGUGGAGUGGGAAAGACAGCCCUCAUCCAGCGGUUCCUCAAAGACACCUUUGAGCCGAAGCAUCGUCGCACAGUGGAGGACCUCCACAGGAAAGAGUAUGAAGUGGGGGGAAUCAAAGUCACAAUCAAUAUUAUGGACACCAGCGGAAGCUACUCCUUCCCUGCCAUGCGAAAGCUCUCCAUCCAGAACAGUGAUGCUUUUGCACUGGUUUACGCUGUGGAUGAUCCAGACUCCCUGGAGGCAGUCAAGCGGCUGAGAGAGGAGAUCCUGGAAGUCAAGGAGGACAAGUACACUCCAAUUGUCGUCAUUGGCAACAAGAUAGACCGGCACAAAGAGCGGCGGGUCUCCAGUGAGGACGUGUUGUCCACUUUGGAAGUGGACUGGAACCAUAUUCUCCUGGAGUCCUCGGCCAAGGACAAUGUCAACGUGAUGGAGGCCUUUAGGGAGCUGCUGCAGCGAGCCAACCUGCCCACUCCCCUGAGUCCAGCACUCUAUAGGAGAAGGGAGACCUUCCCCAAGGAACACAACAAGCGCCCCCCCAUGUACAAGAUCAACAGCUGCCUCCUUUCAUAGAAAUGGACAGAGAGAACAGUGGGAACCAAAAGAGCAAAAGACUCACAUCAGUGGAAGAAAAACUAAGAAACAAUGUUUGAUAAUUUAAUCAAAUGUGCUCUUCAGCUCCCUGAACUAAGAUUCUCCUGCAAAGACUAAGAGAUAACAUUGGAUCAAUGUAGUUUACCCUGACUAUACUUACUGUGAAACUUUUAAUAUUUGUAUUUAUAUUUAACAUUGCACAAAUCCUGAUGGUGCUUUGUUCGUGCUCAAAACUAUUGAUGUCUUUGUCAGUAAUAGUGAUCAACUGUUGAAAACAAUCAAAAUCUGUGAAGCAAUCAGUGAAAAGCAAUACUGUUUUUGUCUCCAAAUGUAAAAUUUUUGCAGCUGAAGUAAACAUGAAAAAAAACAAUCUGCUUUUUAUAAUUGUUUGAUAAUUCUUACCUUUGGACAUAUGUAUAUAUUUUGUUUUACGCCACCAAUUUGUUUUUAGAUCCUCAGUUUGCUUAAGAAAUAAAGUAUGAUAAAAUGGA